AUGGCCGACCAAAAACUUAUUGUAGUUUUGGGUGCGACUGGGAACCAAGGCAGCUCUGUUGUCAACACUUUUCUGAAAGAUACAGCAUGGCGAGUUAGGGGGAUUACUCGGAAUCCUUCCAGCGCAAAAGCCAAGGCACUCUCUGCUCGCGGUGUUGAAGUCGUCCAAGCCGACAUGGAUGAUGUUUCCAGUCUCUCAGUUGCUUUUCGAGAUGCCAACGCUGUUUUCGUUGUGAGCGACUUUUGGGGGAUAUACGGCGCCCUUGCUCAACAAAACAAAGACACCAGCGAGAAGCCGCUAAACUUGCUGGCCGGAGAAAUCGAGUUGCAGCAGUUGAAGAAUGCAAUCGACGCUGCUUCUCAAGUGCCCGGCUUAGAGAGAUUUGUUCUGUCUACUCUCUCCAAUGUGACAAAAUGGUCUAGAGAAAAGUACACGCAUGUCUAUCAUUUUGACCUCAAAGCGCGCGCAUCCGCCUAUGUUGAAGAGGCGCACCCAGAGCAGUGGGCGAAAACUAGCCUUUUUCAAGCAGGUCUAUUCUUGAACACCUACGUGGAAAGUCCAAACUUUAUCCCUCAAAAGGCAAGUACUAACAUUUCUCAGAACGCGGAUGGAAUCGCCCAUUUCAUUACUACGAUGGCUGCCGACUUUAAGCUUCCGUGGAUCGCCGCAGAAGAAGACACCGGACCAUUCGUCAAAGCUCUGGUCCAAGAAAAACCGGGCAAAAACCUCAUUGCUUACCGAGAGUGGGCAACUCUGCGAGAAAUGGUAAAAGCUUUCCAAAACGCCUCGGAGACCAAGUCCGAAGUGGUGGUGGCACCUCGUGACGAGCCAAAUGAAUUCUUACCGCCCGAUCUAAAGCUCGAAAUUGACGAGGGUUUUCUUUAUUUUGAAGAAUUUGGGUAUGAAGGUAGAGAUGACCCGACCGUCGUUCACCCAAGCCAGUUGGAAAACCCCCCAAAAUUGGAUACAAUGGAGCAAUAUUUCCGCAAACUGGACUUUUCAAGAAUAUUCUCUGCUUAA